CGCAGCGCACACAUAGCAGUCGCCAGUCAAGUUACAAGCCCAUUCCAAAUCACAAGUGUUCCAAUCAUUGUCGCGAACAAGACUUUAGUCCUUUUAAAGAAACAAGGAAGAUAGAAAAUGUCGACUAUUAACCUCCACCCACCACAAACAUACUCGCGCCUGUUUCGUCCCUGGGAUACGCAACGUCAGGUAGCGUCCUUAGCUCCCCGGUCGGUAAAGCAGGAGCCAGAGACCAUCACCGUCAAAACGGAGCUGCCAAGUAACAGCUUUGGUCGGGACUGCGACAGGGACUUUUCAUCCGCGUCCUCAUCGUCCUCCUCGUCGAGCAACAGCAGCAAAUCCUGCUAUGAGGACGCAAUAAAUCACAGCAGCUACACUCGGACCUCCACCCCACUGUUGGAUAUCACUCCCCACCCCGUCUUCCCAAGCCCCCACCCUUCGGCUUCGGAAGCACCCACAGUCAGCUCCGUAUCCUUGCCUCCACCGCAGCAGCAUACUCCGUUCCUGCCGGCCCCAAGCGAUCUGUACUACGCCGCCGCUGCAGUAGCUGCGUCCGCUGCCACCACUCCCACUGCUGUCACCGGCUUCGGCAUGGAUUCCUUUACGUUUGGCUUGAUGGAGCAGGAGUAUGCCCGCGUAAUAGCGGAGGACGCACAACUGAAGACGCUGAACGCCCGCAAGCAACGCCCAAAGAAGUUCAAAUGCCCACACUGUGACGUAGCCUUCUCCAAUAACGGCCAGUUAAAAGGCCAUAUCCGCAUUCACACCGGCGAACGCCCCUUCAAGUGCGACGUCGAUACCUGCGGCAAGACAUUCACGCGCAACGAGGAGUUAACGCGCCACAAGCGUAUUCAUACUGGACUGCGACCGUAUCCGUGUAAUGCCUGCGGGAAAAAGUUCGGGCGCCGGGAUCACCUAAAGAAGCACAUGAAGACGCACAUGCCGCAAGAGCGUCAAUUUGGCCCUGCCAUUUUUGUGCCCAUGUAUCCUUACUUGUAUGGUUAUUAAAAGUUUCCCGAAUUCCUAGCCUCCUCGCCACUCAUUCGAUCUAUGAAGCGCUUGCACGCUUUAAACAAGCAUAUACGAAACCAACGAAAUUAAUGCCGGCCUAUCUUGGACAGAACUACCUCAGCCGUACCUGGCGAAAAAGGCGCACUAAGCGAACUCAUUUAAAGCUUACUGCCUUUGAGACCUCCGACGAUAUAUGCAAAUAUUGAGAUAUUUAUUUAUUAGCGCAUACUUACACUUCAAGAUACGUCACAGAAAUCACCAACAUGUGUAAAUACCUCCUUAAGUGAUCCUUCAUAAUAUGCUAAGCGAUUAAGAUAUUUAAGAGAUACCCGAUUUGUAUGUUCGCGUGCACACUAUCUAUACUAAAAUUAAACUGAUAUUUUAACAGUUUUAUAAGCUGAACGUGUUUAUUAAAUAUAUACAAUUUAUUACUAUUGACUAGAGAAUCCAAGUUAAAUAUUGAAAGUUGACUUG